AUGACUCUUAAAUCACCCAAAGCAAUUUGGGAUUAUCUGAAAGAGGAAUACGCUGGAGAUGAUAGAAUACGAAGCAUGCAAAUAAAGUUGUUGGGAAGUGAUUUUGCUGAUUCGAGAAUUGUAGAGAAAAUUUUGGUAACGGUGCCGGAGAGGUAUGAAGCAUCUAUAGCUUCAUUGGAGAACACAAAGGAUCUGCCGAAAAUCACAUUGGCAGAAGUGCUACAUGCCCUGCAAGCUCAAGAGCAGCGAAGGUUGAUGAGGCAAGAUCGUGUUGUCGAAGGUGCUUUGCCUGUCAAACAUCAUGAAGUUGAUGAAAACAAAAAUGAUUUUUUCAAGAAGAAUCAACCAGCAAGCAGCGAAAAUAGUGCAAACAACCAAAACAAAGGCAAGAAUAAAAAGAAAAAUUAUCCACCUUGUCAGCAUUGCAGAAAAUUGGGUCACCCACCAUACAAAUGUUGGAAACAGCCAGACGCAAAGUGCAACAAGUGCAAUCAGCUUGGACACGAAGCUAUAAUUUGUAAAAACAAAUUUCAGCAGCAAGAAGCUGAUGCCCAAGUUGUUGAGCAAGAGGAAGAAGAUUAUAUUUUUGCUGCAACAUGUUAUUCGAUGAGGAGUAGUUCUAAAUGUUGGUUGAUUGAUAGUGGUUGUACGAACCACAUGACAUAUGAUAAGAUUCUAUUCAAGGAUUUGAAGCCAACUAAUGUCUCAAAGGUUAGAAUUGGGAAUGGUGGCUAUAUUCCAAUAAAAGGAAAAGGAACUGUUGCAAUUUCAACAUGUUCAGUAACAGAAAACCUCCAGCAGCUGACGGCCUAG